AAGUGCCAUGACUGUCUAGCUGAGCCCAUAUUCUGCAUGAGGUGCUGCCAGACUCAGCAUUCCUUGCUUCCUUUCCACCAGAUAAGUCAAUGGAACAGAGAUUUCUUUGAGGAGACGACUCUUACCAAGUUAGGGGUGAAGAUUCACAUUGGCCACAGAGGACAACAAUGCCCC